CACACCGCUAGGACGCAGUGCGAGUGACGCGCGGUCUCUAGCACCCCGCGCUCUUAGCCACCCUCGGCACUGGCAAGGGUAGCUUCGGCAGUGAUGACAGAUGAGGACUCUGACACCCCUGUCGCCGAGGCGCAAGCCCAGGAGGAGAAUGAGAUGCCUAUUAUGCAACUGUGCGGGCUGGUGGAAGAGCUCAGCUAUGGAAACUCGGCUCUCAAAACUGAGGUAGAGAUGUUUGAGAAAUAUUACAAUAAGCUGGAGCCCAGGGACCUGCGACCUCCACGAUUAUCAGAAGUUAUAUUAUCAGGAGCAGAAAUAGCACAGUUACGAGGCAGAGGUCGAUCCAAAUCCCGCGUAGGUAUGGAACGUGCGACAGGCCUCAGUGUGGACCAAAAACUUGAGCUUGUGCAGAAGGAGCUGGAAGACACAAAAGAUGAAAUCAGGCACAUGAGGGCAAACGCCGAACGGGACCUGCAGCAUCACGAGGCUAUCAUUGAGGAAGCUGAAAUUCGAUGGGCUGAAGUUCAGAAGGCAGAGCAUGAUUUUGAGAAAGACAUUCUAAAGACCAUAUCCAAGAAGAAAGGGAGUAUUUUAGCCACUCAGAAAGUGAUGAAGUACAUUGAGGACAUGAACCGCCGGAGGGAUAGUAUGAAAGAUAAAUUACGUUUGAAAAAUGUUUCUCUCAAAGUUCAGAAGAAAAAGAUGCUUUCACAAUUGAGACAGAAGGAGGAGGUGGGCGAGGCCCUCCACGAUGUUGAUUUUCAGCAGCUGAAGAUCGAGAAUGCUCUGUUUUUAGAGAUGAUUGAAGCAAGGAAUCAAGAACUGAUCCAACUGAAGCUGGCAUCCGGAAACACCCUGCAGAUCCUGAAUGCCUACAAAAGCAAGCUACACCGAGCAAUGGAAAUGUCCAUCAAUCUGGACAAGGAGUUCUUGCUGAGAAAUGAGUUACUCAAAAAAAUUGAAAAAGAAACCCAACAAGUAGAGGAGGAUCUAGCCAAAGCCAUGGCUCUGAACAAACAGCUCCGGAAGCAGCUGACGGAGUUCCGAGCACCGCAGGUGAUGAUGUACGUCCGGGAGAAGAUCCGGAAUGGGGACCUGGAGAAGACCAUCAGGAUGUGGGAGAGGAAAGUGGAGAUUGCAGAGAUGUCCUUAAAAGGCUACCGAAAGGCUUGGAAUAAAAUGAAAACAACCAGUGAGCAGUUGCAGGCAAUUUGCCCCCCUGAGAAACAGCCAGAGGGAGGCCAUGGCUGCCAGCCAAGAUGUGAUCCAUUAAAGUAAUCAGCUCCUUUCUAGUUUCAGGGUCCUCUCA